GGAGGUGGAGUGGGCGGGGUUAAAGAGGAAGGAGAAAGAUGAGCAUCAUCUGACUGAUGCUGAGUCACAUACAGAGCGACUGCUGCCGCAUCCCAUGAGCCUUUGGGGAGGAUGGAGGAGCUUGAACACACCUGUCCACACCUGAGGACGACUCUGAAAGAACCUGCCAUCUUUGCCAGAGAGACCAGCUGCGAUUGUCGAGCACCUCAUGACAAACUCACCAUCGCAGAGGCCCGCAGAGGCACCCCAGUGGACCGACCUGUCAGAGUCUACGCAGACGGCAUCUUUGAUCUGUUCCACUCAGGUCAUGCUCGGGCUCUCAUGCAGGCCAAGAACCUCUUUCCCAACACCUACCUCAUCGUGGGAGUGUGCAGUGAUGAAUUGACCCACAAAUACAAAGGAUUUACAGUCAUGACGGAGAGGGAGCGCUAUGAAGCUCUACGACACUGUCGCUACGUCGACGAGAUUUUGAGAGAUGCUCCCUGGACGCUGACGGCUGAAUUUCUUGAUAAACACAAGAUCGAUUUUGUGGCUCAUGAUGAUAUCCCAUACUCCUCAGCAGGAACCGAGGACGUUUAUAAACACAUAAAGGAGGCCGGGAUGUUUGUGCCGACACAGCGCACGGAGGGAAUCUCCACCUCUGACCUUAUCACCAGAAUCGUCAGAGAUUAUGAUGUCUACGCCCGACGUAACCUCCAACGUGGCUACACGGCCAAAGAGCUCAACGUCAGCUACAUCAACGAAAAGAAGUACCGGCUCCAGAACCAGGUGGAUCGCAUGAAGGAGAAGGUCCGCACAGUGGAGGAGAAGAGCAAACAUUUUGUUUACCGGGUGGAAGAGAAGAGUCACGACCUCAUUCAGAAGUGGGAGGAAAAAUCCAGAGAGUUUAUUGGGAACUUCCUAGAACUGUUUGGACCUGAUGGGACUUGGAAACAAGUGUUUCAGGAGCGUAGUGGACGGAUGCUGUCCUACGCUCUGUCUCCCAGAGAGUCGCCUUCCAACAGUCCUCCACGCGAACUGUCGCCUCUACGCUCUCCGUCUCCACCCUCUCCGCCAUCCCGCUGGCACGAUGCACGACCUUCGCCCCCGAUCUCUCCCAAAGGAGCAUCGGCCUCCAUCAGCAGCAUGAGUGAAGGUGAUGAGGAUGAGAAGUAGAUGUGCCCUGAUGUGCAUUAGUCUACCUCCGCGAUGGUUCCACUGAAAACCAGAACAAACGCUGGCUGGUUCCUGAACCAGAGUGUCUGCGGUGGAAACGCACCAAUGGUGUGCUCACGUGUGUGCAAACACAAACACAAGUAAUCCUCCUAAAACGGAUCCCAACACCUAUAUCCUCACGGACACACAGAGAGAAGUUAGCGGUUGUGAGAGUUUUAGUUCUGUGCGCCCCAGCUAAGAAGCCAUCAAAGUCUCUGCUGUCAGGAAAACCAAGGA